UGAGAGGCCCUGCGGGCUUGGCUCAGGCCCAUUCAAUCACAUAGACAAUGUCAAGUUGCCUUAAGGUGUCUACAUGUGGGUUAAGGUGCCUUAACUAAUCACACCUAAAUUUGAUACCUGCUUUAUGCAGGUAUCAAAUUUAGGCAUGAUUAGCCUAAAAUUGCCAUUUUUAAGGCUAAUUACAUUAAGGGUAUACACAUGCAGACCUUCACCCUUAGCACCUUAAAAAUGGCUAAUGAACCUUAAAUUACCAUGUGUAGAUGUGCCCUCUGAAUCCUAUCCCUACCCUCCACUUUAUACUGAUUGCCAACUAGGCAUUAAACCAUGGAUUACUACCAUUUGAGCCUGACGAUUCAGCCAGUUUUCUAUCCACUUUACAAUCCAUUCAUCAUCCUGUACUUGCUUAGCUUGCUUAUGAAAAUUUUGUGGGAGAACAUAUCAAAAGCUUUACUGAAGUCAAGGUAUACCACAUCCGCUGCUCCCCCUCAUAUCCACAGAAUCAGUCAUCUUGUCAUAGAAGGCUAUCAGGUUGGUGAGGCAUGUCUUACCCUUGGUAAAUCCAUGAUGACUGUUCCUAAUCACCUUCCUCUCCUCUAAGUGCUUAAAAAUGUAUUUCUUCAGGCCUGCUUUAUGAAUUUUCCAGGGACGGCAGUAAGGCUGACUGGUCUGUAAUUCCCUGGAUCCUCCUUCUUUAUGGAAGCAGUAAGUAUAGGGCACAUUUUGUAGCCCUAGUUCUUGGGGGAACAUAGGAUUGUAUCCCACAGUUUUCUCUUUAAAAGACAACCAUCUCAGCAACAAACUGGGUAGAAUAUAAUGCACUCUUUUACUAUACAACCCUGAUGUAUUUUCAAAGGAGGUCCAUCCACCUAGUUCUUGUCUCCCUUCCUGAAUCAGUCUCUGAGUCUACACAUUUCCAGGUCUCUUCCACACCUCAGCUCCUUUUCAGAUCUUUCUUCUUCUACCAUCUCUGAUAACCUCCCUGGCUACCGCUCCCUAUAUCCCUGUUCAUCCAUCCAGUCCUACUUUUCCUCCCCCUAACUCUCAGUUACACUUGUUUCUUCUUAUUUCUCCAUAGUAUUGCCAGACUUCCAAUCUAAUUCUUUCUUAUCACUUUGAAUCAGAUUUUGUUCCUGCUGCAUUCAGAUCAGAUGGCUGUUUCCUUUAGCCUGCCUUUGAGACAGCAGGGCCAUCAGGAAGAGCACAGUAAAGACAGAUUGAUCAGUUCUAGUUGUCUGACCUCAGCCCUAACCCAAAGCAGAUCAAAGCAGCCAUUACAGGGAAAGUCUCCCUGAGAUCCCAUGGCCUGAACUGGCACAUGGUCAUUUACUUAUGGGGAUGGUUCACGCACAGUGAGGUCAGCACUAAGAGCUUGGAGAGGAUGGAUCAUGCUCAGAGGGAACAGAGAGCAUUGCAGUAUAUUUAGUGAGUAUGUGUGAAUAGAAUCUUUCAAAGACCAAGAAUAACUUGGUCAAAUUCAGGCAGAUUUUCAAUGGGGAUUACAAAAGGCACAUCCAGGGCACAAAGGCCACCACCUCUUCCUAAUUUCAGGUCCCUAUCACAAGCUUCAGAUGUGUAAGAGCACUGAAACAUCACCAGAAUUUUCAAAAAACAAGAUGUUUUUACCACCCUGGCUCUCAAAAAUAGCCAAAUCAUUUGGGAUGAAAUUGUUCAAAAAUACUUAUCCUGAAGCAUCAACAAUUUCAGCCCAAACAGUUAAGUUCCAGCAAAAUGAUAAGUAACGGAAACAGGAUCAGUAAUAGGAUGUGUCAGGUUACCUUUAUAAGAAGUGGUGUUACUAGCCCUGCCCCUGAUUUGCUCAUAAUAAACAUUUGUGUUUCCCUAGCAUGGAUAUUGCCAUGAGCCUGGCUCUGAUUUAACACAAAGGCAUUUAUCUUUCCCUGAGUUGUUUGCCCGGCUCAGGAAUGAUUUAUUACCUGCUUAUCUUCUCUGAAUAUUAAGUGUUUACGUCACCCUAAUGUAAGAUUUUUCCAACAGGCUGUAAGCGAAAGUCAGACUCAAGUGUGUAACAGCUGAAAUAGUGGGAUACACAUGGAAUAGAUCGCUAAAGCAUCGUAACCACAGGCUGCUUUGACUUUUAUGAGGAACUGACUACUGAGAGAGUACGAAAGAGCACUGUUUACACUACAGAAUACAGUAUAUGCUGUGGGAAAAAUAGGUGUCAGUCACUUCCUUCAUUCUUCUGUUAUCCUGGCUUAAAUCUGGAAUAAUUGCAAAUGAACCACAAUGGAAUUGUUUCAGCUUUGCACCAAUACAGUUACCCUGGCUGGAUGCACAGCAGAGGAAAGCAUAAACAACUCUAAAUGUAUUUCAGCUUUAGGACAGAAGGCGCCCGUGCAAUAUCCUGUGUACUUAAGUGGGUCUGAGCUCUCAGGAAGGAUGCAGUUUUGCUGUGAAUCUGUAAAUGGCUCUUGCAUAAAGAGCAGCUGGUCAAACAGCAUUCGCAUUUCCAUGUAUAUCCUCAUGGUGUGGAUCAUUCUUGCCACUGUAGCUGGAAACCUGACUGUUAUCAUCUCAAUAUCACACUUCAAGCAGCUCCAUACACCUACAAAUUUCCUGAUCCUUUCCAUGGCCGCUGUUGAUUUCUCGUUGGGAUGUUUCGUCAUGCCUUACAGCAUGGUGCGCUCUGUUGAACACUGCUGGUACUUUGGAGAACUCUUCUGCAAAAUCCAUACUAGCACUGAUAUCAUGUUGAGUACGGCCUCCAUUUUCCAUCUCUCCUUCAUUUCUGUUGAUCGCUACUAUGCUGUGUGUGACCCACUGAGAUACAAGUCGAAGAUAAAUACUUUCAUCAUACUGGUCAUGAUCUUCAUUAGUUGGACCAUCCCUGCUAUUUUUGCCUUCGUCAUGAUCUUUCUGGAGCUAAACGUAAGAGGAGCCGAAGAGAUUUUCUAUAAUCACAUCCAUUGCGUAGGAGGCUGCUUUGUCUUUUUUAGUGAAACAUCAGGUGUGAUAGCCUCCAUGUUUUCCUUCUAUAUCCCUGGAUUUGUUAUGUUAUGUGUCUAUGGGAAAAUAUAUGCCAUAGCAAAGAGGCAGGCAAGAUCCAUUAAAGAUACAAGUAGCCAAACUCAGAUCCGACUUGAAAUGAAGCACCACAUUUCACGAAGCAGAGAAAGAAAAGCCGCAAAAACCUUAGGCAUAGUGAUGGGAGUUUUUCUUUUAUGUUGGACUCCAUUUUUUUUCUGUACUGCCACCGAUCCCUUCAUGAAUUAUGUCACACCUCCUGUUCUCAUAGAUGCAUUGGUUUGGUUUGGUUACUUGAAUUCUACAUUUAACCCAAUAGUUUAUGCCUUUUUUUACACAUGGUUUCGCAGGGCACUAAAAAUGAUUCUACUGGGUAAAAUUUUUCAAAAGGACUCUUCCAGAACUCAAUUAUUUUCAGAGUAAUGCACGUAGAACUGUUGGACCAUUCUCUGUUGUUUGGAGAUCGUAUUUAUGAAAGCAAGAGCUAACAGUGAAGGAGUUGACAAAUGCUUGCUUACUCACUUGUCAAAUCUGUUCAGGUAGCCAACCAUAGUACCUGAAACCUUUUCCCACUACUGCCUGGAACUUGCACCAAAUGAACCUUGGUUCUUUUGUUAUAUUCAUGAAAGACUGGUUUAAUGUUUACAGUGUGCUGAGCUCUAUACUAUACACUUUAGACAAAGUUUGCAAUGUAAAAAAACCUUAUAUCAGUGUAUGUGGAGGUAUAUCAUUCUAAUGCAAGAAACAGUGGAACAAGAGAAACAAAUAAAUAAAACAUUUAUUUGUUUUACUGGUGCAAAUACAUUUUAAUAUCUGUAUGAAUCUUCUGCCCUGUAAGGAAUGUGCAAAAUGGGUUUCCUGUUGGAUCUACAAAUGGAUUUGAAGUGAUGACCUAAAGCAGGAGUUGUUAACCAAGGGUACGCGUAUCCCCAGGGGUACUUGAGAAGGCCCCUAGGGGGUACAUGCGGGUGGGUGGGGAUGAAGCACUACCGCACAUCAUCCUAUGCUGCCAUGCAGGUGCCACCUGCCUGACCAGACACAGGAGACAGGGAAAGCUUGCACGUGGUGGCUGCUGCUGCUCCGCAUUCAGCCUUGCAACACCCCCUUCCCCCCCACCUUGCUCCGUAUUUGGCCACGGGGGGUACACUGCUCUGCGUCCAGCCACCAGGGGUACACUGAUCCAAAAAGGUUGAAAACCCCUGACCUAAAGAAUGAGGGGGUCUGGUUUAAAGCAAUCCCUCUUUCAAUGCUUAUUUACAUUUAAUGAGGUUAGCAUUGAAGAUUGCAUGUCAAAAAGUAUAAAAACGGUAAGUGACCCUUUCAUGCAACAAAUUCAGAAGGAACAUUGAACAGCAAGGGACUGGCACUAAAAAUGUUUCUGGGGGAGUUGUUCAGUGUGAAACCUCCCCCUCUCCCCUUCUGCUUGUACCUGCCAAAGACUGGGUGAUCCCAGUAUGGGGAAAGUGUGGGAAGCAGCUGCUGCUCCAGUCCCCUGUUCCUUAGGGGACAGGAGCAGUGGGACCAAAGCUCCCCACCCACCCCUCACUCCAGGGACCCCAGUCUGAGGAAAGGAUGGGAAGCAAAGAACGGUUGCUCCUCUGCUUGGCUCCUGGUCUCAGGAAGGCAUGGGGAACAUUUUUCCACUGCUUGAUUUUUUCCAACCCUUGGGAAGGCAGGGGAAGCAUUUCACUACCACUAAACUCCUGUUGGUCCCCUGAAGGACUCAAGCAGCAGGAAAGUGUACAGAUAUUUAUCCUGCUAGGAGAAACUUUCCCAGGAGUGACAUCUACUGGACUGAAGAUGGGUUAUUUUUCUCCCAGAACUACCAUUUUUGUUCUGGGAGAAAAUCUGUGAAUGACUUUAUGCUUAUGGUUUAUACUAUGAGAGCUAUGAUUCUCCUGGUAGAAACUAAAUGCCUGUAUGUGGCAUAAAACAUUUGUCAAUCAAAAUAUUUUGUUAGCUUUUACAGUAUGACAUUGUUAUGUUAAAAUUAAUGUUCUAUCAAACUGUAAUAGAAUAAUACCUUUGGUUUGAUCCUGCAAAUAAUAUCAGAAAUUGUACUUGCUACUGGGGGGAGUAAUGGAGAGGUGCCAGUGAACUAUAUGUUGUAGGAAGAGCUCUGCUAAGUAUAAAUGUAUAAAGGAUUGGAUCCUGCUUCCUUUUGGUUGGGAAAAAUACAUGUGCCAUUUGUCAGAUCUUGUCUGUUUUUGUACAAUUAGCAAAAAGAGAAUAAAUAUUAGCUGUUAGUGUUUCCCUGGGAAAUGAAAAUAAUGCUACAUUUCAAUAGACCAAAAUACCAAUAUCCCCUAUUGCCUCUUUUAAUAUAUUGUUGUUUCAUUGCCAUUUUGUAAAUCUGUAUUCUCCCAAGCUAACUAAAAAUAAACCAUGGCUGAAAUAUA